UCAGUCAAGGCUAUGCACAACAGUGUUGAAGGCAACAGAAACAUGGUUUCUCUCUGUGCCAUUCUUGCCUUAGUGCUUUUGAGCUGCAGUCAGCGGAUAUCUGCAGAAACUGUAAAUACAUGCAUGGAUUCUGACCUUCAUCUUCGUUGUGAUGCUGGAGUGAUCCUUGUGAAGUCUGUAAAGCUAGGACCACAAAAACUUAAAGGUUGUGGACCUGCAACGCCACCAGACGAAAUGUAUGCUAUGUGUUUUAAACUUCCUCCAGCUGCUAAAUGGUGUAAUGGAUUAGCGGAGUGUGUGGUAAACAAGAAAAAACUUUUAGAGAACGAUCCAUGUUUUAACCCCUACAAAUACUACAUCACGACCUACACUUGCAUCCCAGCAAAAACAAGUGUGACUUGUGAAGGCAAACAGAGUGGCUUGAAGUGUGAAUAUGGUAGGAUUAAGAUAAUUGCUGCAAACUAUGGACGUACAGAUGACAGAACCUGCUUGCAAAGACGUCCAUUCAGGCGACAUCUAAACACAGACUGCUAUUCACCCAAAUCGUUGGCUCUUGUGACAAAACGAUGUGAAGGCACCCGUCUGUGUUCUGUAUCCGCCUCCAAUGAUGUUUUCUCUGAUCCGUGUUCUGGUACACGCAAGUACCUGUGGAUCUCUUACUACUGUUCAUAACGAUGGCUGAUCUUAUGGAUUUGGACCAAUUUCCUACAUCUCAUCAUUGGCUGUCAACCAAAUACAGAAUUCCACUAAUUUCCAUAACAUUAGCACUGUGGUGUGCAGUCUCUUUUCACACACUUAUUGUCAUGGACCUUGUGUUCUACAUUCAAUAAAUUCUUAAAAGAAA